GCAACGUUCUAAAUCGGACAUCAACCACCCUUGACCAUUUUUUACACUCCACAAGUUUGACUGUUUUCAGGCCUUCUUGAGGUCAUGUCUUCAGUGAAUCAUCAACAACUACCUACACUUGCUCAUCCAUUGGCACCAGCUCAGACGCCAUUUCAUCACAAAAGAGAAACGGAAAGAGAGCAAAUAUUACUGAAUCCAUUUCGAGCUCCUUCAGCACUUUCUUUUGUAAAGGCGUUUACCAUCUGGACCAUCUGGCCUAGCAUUACCUUUUUCACGGCCUGGGCUACUCUCGUUAUCCUUAUACAUCGGAAUGUAACUUCACUUCAACUGUCACCAACCAUAUUGACUGUACUCGGAACUGUGAUUGGUUUCGUAGUAUCUUAUCGAACUUCAAGUGCAUAUGAGCGAUAUAACGAUGGUCGAAAGCAAUGGUCCUCGAUCAUCCUUGGUGGACGGUCCCUUGCUCGUCUCAUCUGGCUUCAUGUUCCUGAUGCACCUAGACCGUAUGAUCCGAAAGACCUUCCAACCGAAGAAGAACGUCUGAGGUCGAUUAUUGAGAAGAAAACUAUCAUCAACUUGAUUGAAGGGUUCGCUGUUAGUUUAAAGCAUUACCUCCGUGGCGAACAUGGGAUUUACUACGAGGAUUUAUACCAUCUAGCAUGUUUCUUACCCAAGUAUGCUUUUCCGUCUGGACAUCCCGUCGAGAGACCCGACUUAGGCUUCACUACUGCCCACUGUGCUCAAAAUUCUCCUUCAAUUAAUGGAUGUACGGGGCAACCCAACGACAAUUUGAAACAGGUCGGAGGGAUUGAGACACCUCAAACAGACCUUUCUAUGUUUGAAGCUGGUCAUCAGGUAGACAAUGAAAAAGUUUCUGAGCCAAAGCUACCUCAAGCUCAACAAGACAAUCGUCCAAUGCAACGCAAGGGAACUGCGCCUCUCAAUCCUUUCAAACCUCAUCAUUACCUCUUACCAGCUUAUAACCCACCUCAUGAGCGAUGGGUUGAUCGAUUCCCGAUCUUGACCAUCUUUCGAGCCCUCUGGAAGGGUACACGAAAUGUUGCUGGCCUACGUCGUCGGAAAGGAGUUUAUUCUCGAGUGAUACAUGAUGAUAAUAUCCCGCUUGAGAUCAUUUGGUAUAUUGAUAGUUAUGUUGCUGGACUCCAACGUCGUAAAGCUCUAGAUGUACCUACCACAAAUGCACUCCUAGCUGGUAUCCAACUUCUAACAGAUGCAUUAACGACUUUAGAAAGGAUUUUGACCACUCCAAUUCCAUUUGGUUAUAUUGUACAUUUGAAAUUAGUCAUUUGGGGUUAUCUUUUGUUUCUGCCAUUCCAACUUGUAACUUCUUUUGGAUUUAUUACUAUCCCGGCUACUGCUCUAGUUGGAACUGCUUUUCUUGGAUUUUUGAGAGUUGGUGAAGAAAUUGAAAAUCCAUUUGGAUACGAUUUGAAUGAUUUAGAUAUGGAUCACUUUUGUCAUCAUUUAAUUGCUCCAGAACUUGCAGAAAUCACAGCUUGGGCACCACCAGAUCCAUCCGAAUUUAUUUUUUCUACUUCUAAUAUUCCAUUACUUGAUACACGUGAUUAUAGAUCAGGUCAUGAGUUUUUAAAAUCAGGUUUAUCAGCUCAAGAUGUUCAAGAAUUAUUACGUACUCGUCAAUCUAGAGGUGGAACUACUUCUUUAACAUCUAUCAGUCAUGUUUGAAAAAUAGAAUUUUUCAUAGAUGGUCUUUUCUCUAUCUUCAUCGAAACGUUUGUUUUCUUUCAUCACAUUUGUAUUGCUUGGUUUUUUUUUCUCUCUACUAUAUGGACGUAUUUACUUACCAAGGUAAAGGGAUUACUUUGAAUUUUGAUCAGUUUUGCAUGUUACAAUUGUACUUGUUAUAGUUGGAUCACAUUUUUUAUGUAACAGGACUUUUUAAGUGGAAGUACUCAGUGAUUUCAAAGGGAG